CCGGCCGCCUCCACCAUGGCGCAGGCCCGCGUGCUCCUGCUCCUCUCGGGACGCCCGGAACCCGCGGGCUUCGCGCGGAGCGUGUGCGGCCGCCUGGGCCUGGGCGCCGGCCCGGGCCCCUGGCAAGUCUACUGCGGCCUGCAGCCGGGGCGGCUGCUGCUCUCGGACAGCUCCUUCUCCGGCGCCACGGCGCAGCUCCCGCUGCAGCGCCCCCCGUUUUGCCCUUUCUUGGCCCUGGAGCAGCGGCCCCCCGGAGCUCCAUUGCUGAAGCAGCCGCCGGACCGCGGAGUGGACUUGGCGGUGGCCGUCAUCCUGCAGUCCCGGGACCAGACCGUGCUCCUGACCCGGAGGGCCUCGAGCAUGCACACGGCCCCCAACCUCUGGGUCCCUCCAGGUGGACACGUGGAACUGGAUGAGGAGCUGCUGGAUGGGGGACUCCGGGAGCUAAGGGAGGAGACAGGCCUACAGCUGCCCCAAGGCCAGUACUCCUGGUCGCCUCUGGGACUGUGGGAGUCUGCCUACCCCCCCAUGCUGAGCCAGGGCCACCCUCGACAUCACCACAUCGUUCUCUACGUGCUGGUGACUUCCCAGGAACCAGAGAAGCAGCUACAGGAACGGGUCCAACCGAACCAGGAGGAGGUCAGUGCCUACGUCUGGCUGAAGCCCGAUGUGCUGGCGGCGGUGGCGGCCUCCGAAGGGGCACCAGAUGCACCGGAGCCCCUCCCCGCACACCUGCCGCCCUGCGUUCAGAUCGUGGAGCUGCAGGGGGACGCGAGCCAGAGCCUGGACCUGCCUACGUCCACCCUGCUCCGGAAGUCUCUGAGCAUGAGGGAGGACGAGGAGAGGGUCAGCACAGGAACCAAAUUCGCUCUUGGCCUGUGGCUACAGCAUCUGAAGAGAUCCCCAAAGAACCCCACCCCCGUCUCCCCGAAGCCGGGAUCAGAGUGAAGCUGGGACACCGGACGCCAGCCUCCCCACCACCACGAAGAGACAUCUGGAGAGCCCCGCAGUGAGUCAUCCAUUUCCCUGCGGACAUACAUGGGAUUCACAACCUUUAUUGUCGGUGAGAACAUUGCUACAAUUUUGGAAAUAUGAAAUUAAAUUAAAAGAAAGGUUCAUAAAAGAGGGAAAGGUGAAUUUAGGGGAAGGGGACUGAAUGCCCCCUCCCAAAAGGUGCAGAAUGAGUUCCAUGACCAUAACUCUAAAACUAUGGUUCCCUUUGGAAACUCAGGCCCCAGGAUAGGGAGACCUUGGGGAAUCAUCAUCAACUUAAAUAUAUAUAUAUUUAUACUUUUUAUUAUUUAUAUAUAAAUAGAGAGCCAGGCAACGGGACAAAACUACCUCCUCUCCCAUCCAUCUUUAGAGAGGCAGAGGAGGUAGAUCUCCUCAUCCCGUCCUCAGUCAGACUGAGAAUGGGCUAAGGGUCAUCAUCUUUGGAGUUUUUUUGGUUUUUCUCAUUUAUGUACAAAAAGCUGCAACUGAAAAUAGAGAUCUCAAGCCCUGUC